UGGUGACGUGGAUGUUGCCUCGGCGCUCCUCCCUCUCCUUCUUCUUCACCACUACCUCCCUCUCUCUCUCUCUCUUCUGUCUUUUUCUGUAGAAACCGAACUUUUCAGUUUUCCGUUUGUUCUUUGAGAAGGAAAGUUAGAGAGAGAAAAUGCUGAGGCUGAUAAGUUAAUUUAAGAGCUUUUCCUUCACAACUGUAUUUUCUAUUUUUUUUUUGCUUUUAGUUUAAUUUUGUGUCUGUAUUGGAGAACGUCUAAGGAUUGAACUUUCUGGAUUUCGGAAGUGAGAAGAGAAGAUUUGGUAUCUGGAAAUAUAAGACGGGAAAUUCUUGCAUCUUCUCUGAAUCAGCUGGGGGUUUGCAGUUUGGUGCUUGGCCAUGGGAAACAAUGAAGAUGUGAAGUCAUCGAAGUCUGAUAAAUCAUCUUCACCUGCUUCACAGGAUCAGGGCAAUAUUCCUGUGUAUCCUGAUUGGGCAGCUUUGCAGGCAUAUUAUGGCCCUCGAGUUGCGAUUCAGCCAUAUUACAACUCUGCUGUGGCAUCUGGACAUGCUCCUCCCCACUAUAUGUGGUCACCACAGCCUAUGAUGCCACCUUACGGAGCACCGUAUGCUGCAAUUUACUCUCCGGGAGGAGUUUAUGCACAUCCUGCAGUUCCUCUGGCGUCACAUCCGCAUGGUCACGGCGUUCCAUCUUCACCUGCUAUUGUAGUCCCUUUGAGCACUGAAGCACCAACAAAAUCAUCAGGAAACUCAGAGCGAAGCUUAAUGAAGAAGCUGAAAGGAUUUGAUGGUCUGGCAAUGUCUAUUGGCAAUGGUAAUAAUGCUGAGAGUGCUAAUGAUGGAGCUGAACAUAGGCUCUCACAGAGUGAGGCUGAAGGUUCAACUGAGGGGAGUGAUGGGAAUACUUCGAAGGAAAAUCAAGCUAGGAGGAAAAGAAGCCGGGAGGGAACACCCAUCAUUGGUGGAGAUGGGAAAACUGAGACCCAGCCAAAUCCUGCUUCUGGUGGGGAUGCAAAUGCAGCUCCUAAUGUGUUGGGUACAAGUGUUGCUGGUGCUGGUGUUCCAGGAAAACCCAGUGGCCCUGUACUUUCUCCUGGCAUGACAACAACAUUGGAGCUUAGAAACCCUACUAGCAUGAAUUCUAAGACAAGUCCAAGUGGUGUUCCACAACCAUGUGCGGUUUUGCCUACUGAAGGCUGGUUGCAGAAUGAACGGGAGAUCAAACGGGAGAGGAGAAAGCAGUCUAAUCGAGAGUCUGCAAGAAGGUCCAGGUUGAGGAAGCAGGCUGAGACUGAAGAACUAGCAAGGAAAGUGGAUUCAUUGAAUGUUGAGAAUAUGACACUCAAAUCUGAAAUAGAUCAGUUAACUGAGAAGUCAGAGGAACUAAGGCUAGAAAACGCAACAUUAAUGGAGAAACUGAAAAAUGCACACGCGCAAGAGAUUAUUUUGAACAACGUUGACGACAAGAGGGUCACACCUAUUAGUACUGAGAACCUGCUGUCUAGAGUUAACAAUUCAGGUUCUGUCGAUAAAAAAGUCGGGGAAGAGGGACACCUGUUUGAGAAAAAGUCAAACUCUGGUGCGAAGCUACGUCAACUCUUGGAUGCAAGUCCCAGGGCUGAUGCUGUGGCUGCUGGCUGAUCCCGGAAUAAGCUUAUUUGCUAACAGUUGGCAGAUGCUGAGAUUAAAAACUUGAGUAGGAUUGGUAUGGGCCCUGGACUUGUGGAGUUGUUACAGUUUAAGUUAGUUUUUGUCAUGGCAAACCUGAUGUAUUUUAGUAAAAUCAGAGUGCUAGUCCUAAUGGCCUUAAGGUUAAGUCAGUGUACAUUCAAGAGAAAUAGAAAUUGAUGAGUUUAGGAAAGAUGUUGGGACUUAAAAUAAUCAAAGUAUUAACAACUCUACUGAUAUCAAAUGUGAAUUGCGUUGUAUUUUAAAUUGUUGAUGAUGUUUGCCAUUGUAUUUUGUUAC